AUGCUGGUCAUGUUUGCGGAUGCUGCGAACUACUGGGAAGAUACUAGAACCGGAAAAAUCCCUGAAUGCCUCACAGCCACAUGUGGUCGGGAUGACACUGUUUGUGAGUGCUAUCUCACAAUUGAACAUCGUUUAACAAUGAUGUAUGAAGAAUCACAAAAACUGGUUGUUCCAUCAGGAGGACAACUAUAUGAGUAUGAUAACCUUCGUUCCCCAAUAGAUAACAUACAGGAAUUGCCAUUCAUCUUGACGGCGGACGGAAACAAUUCCAGACUUGUUAUCGCUAUAAAUCGGCGCUUUCCAGGACCACAGAUUACUGCGUACGAGGACCAGACACUGAUCAUCCAUGUUCGCAAUCUAAUGCUCACCGACAGUACUACUAUACAUUGGCAUGGCAUGCACCAGAAUGGGACCACAUACUCCGACGGUGUUGCUUUCGUUUCCCAGUGUCCGCUGGGACACGGCCAGGAGUUCACUUACAAAUUUAAAGCCAAGCCACACGGCACCAGCUUUUACCAUGCCCAUAUUGGCGAUCAGAGGACCAUGGGAUUGUAUGGAGCUCUUAUCGUAUAUCCCAAACAAGAACUUCCUUCCACAACCAAAGCAGAACACGUGGCCAUUAUUCAGGACUGGAAUCAUGACGACGACGCGGCUAGUUUGUAUCAACGCAUGCUGUAUGGUGUGUUCUACCAAUCGAGCCGAUCUCGAUAUCAACCAACUGCUUCGAAAGAUGGUGGAAUGUAUAGUAGGUUUCUAUUUCAUUCUGGUCUUGUGAAUGGAAAGGGGCGAUAUUACAUCUACGGCAACACACACAACCAAGCUCCUCUGACUAGGUUUGACGUGAUUAGAAACAAGUGGUAUACCUUUAGAGUCAUCAGCGCAGCCACCCUUUAUCCGUUUCUUGUUUAUGUAACUGGUCAUCCAAAGCUAACACUUAUCGCAUCGGACGGGUUUGCUCUUCAGGAGAUGGUUGUUGAUGCUUUCGUCAUUAAUCCUGGGGAGAGAUUUGAUUUCAAAAUAUUUACAAAUUCGACAGAUGGAAAUUACAUGCUUGUAGCGCAGACUUUGGAAAACAAACAAUUCCAUAUCGCAGAAGCUAUCAUCCACUAUAGGAAUGCUCCUGUUGAAUUGAAUCCUGGUCGACCGGCGGCCCUGAGCUGUUCUAUGGGUACAAAAUGUAUCAUUUUCAAUUGUCCAUACUUAAGUCCUAUCAGCGGUGGUGAAAGUUGUAAGACGUUUAACGACGCAAGAACCGACGAUUUUAACUCUAAGCCAGAAGACGUUACCAACAUCGAUGAGGAACACUUCUUCAACUUUGCUUUUCCAGGAGAGGUGGGUGAUACUCCUGCGUCUGUCAAUGGCCGUCAGUUCGUACCGCCAAUUGCGCCAUUGUACUCGCAGCCGAAUGAUCUUACUACUGCUUGUUCUCCUAACUGUGCUGAUAAUAACCUUUGUGCAUGCACAUACACACAGGAAAUUCAAAAUGGGAGAGUAUACCAGUUCACACUAACCAACCUCGGGAACGGCAAAGGGUGGUCACAUCCGGUACAUUUACACGGUCAUUCGUUUUAUGUCAUGAAGAUUGGUUUCGGAAAGUAUAACUCAACAGGUGUUCUGGUCGGUUCGACACCUGAUAUAUCCUGUGAUAUUGGAUCUAAAGGCUUCUGUAACAAUCCUGUGUGGGCUAACGAGACAUGGAGAGGAGGAAACGUACCGGGAUUAGUUCUCGACAAACCCGCACAGAAAGACACCAUUAUAGUUCCUACCGAUGGCUACGUCGUCAUCAGAUUCAAGGCAGAUAACCCAGGUGCCUGGUUCUUCCACUGUCACAUCGACCUCCACAACACGAACGGGAUGGGGAUGGUUAUCCUAGAAUCGCCUAAGAUGUAUCCCGACAUACCAAAGGGAUUUCCGACCUGUGGAACCUUCAGAACGGAUACCCAACCGUUAUUAGCCGCUGGUACGUAUAUAUAUAUAUAUACUUUUACUCUUAAGACAUUUUCGUCUUUACACAGUAGCUUUCUCAUCAUCUGA